GCAGGCCCUUCUCUCUGACCUUCCUCUUGUGAUUUUGCACUCCGCUUGGUGCCCGCUCUGCUCCGUCUGGCCUUACUGAGAGCACAAAAACAGAGAGAAAAGGCUGAAAAAAAAAGCAAAAACUGAACAUCAAAGCUUGAAAUCUAUGGCGUCGUUGAGCGCUGUGAGGAGAACCGGCGCGCUGACCUCUGAGCUGAAGCGGGUCAUGGAGGGCUGUGGUGGGAAAUAAGCAGCGUGUUGUGCCCCUCUUCCCCGUCAUGGCGGGGGCUUGGCCGGUGUGCUACCACGGCGCCAUGAGCAAGCUGGAGUGUGAGGAGAUGCUCAGCAAGAAGAACAAGGACGGAGCCUACCUGAUCCGAGACAGCGAGACCAUCCAGGGAGCCAUGUGCCUGUGUGUCUAUAAACAGAGGGUGGUCUAUACCUACAGAGUGCUUCAGACACACACCGGACACUAUACUAUUCAGGCAACAGGAGGCAUGCCGGAGAUGCUCUUCAAGACGUUAGAUGAUAUGAUCCGCCACUAUAAGAGGAGGAACCAGGGCCUGGCCAUGCACCUGCGGCACUCCGUCAAGAGGAAGACGGCGUUACAGGUCCGAACCCCGCACCAGCAGGCGGCUGAUGGAGCUGCUGACCCGCCCGAUUAUGAGAAUGUCAACGCUGACGCUGACGAUGAAUACGUUGAAGUCCUCCCAUCCUGAAGUGCUCAAGUGUGCCGUGUGUGUGUGUGUGUGUGUGUGUGUGUGUGUGUGUGUGAGUGAGUGGGUGGGCGGGGGUGUCUGACUGUGAUGUGUGAAAACCACAAAUCAAGAAAGACGUCUGGCCAACCUUGAGAGGGUCCUGGUGAUGUUUUGGAACAAAGUGACGCCUCCUCUCACAGGGACAGAGACACAAACAUGGACUCACUGAUAUCUGGAAUAUUUUUCUUUCCAUGCUUCUACCCCUGCAAGUACCAACAUUUAUUUUUGCCCUUUGCCCACUUUCCUUUACCCUUUGCCCACUUACAUUCAUUUUUGCAGUGUUGUGCUAAUGCUGCAUAAAUGUGGGGGGUGAUUUCUGAUGACAGUUAUGAUAAAGGGCAGCAUAACAAGAUGCUCUUGUCACUUGGUGUGACGCAUUGAACCCAAAGGUGAGACCAGUCCCCCAUCUUUAGGUCAGUCAGUCAUCACAUGCAUCAUCCCACUGAACUUCAACAAAAUCAGAGUGACGCGGUGGCAGGUGGGAACUUUCAGCCGCCCUGUCAGGCCAAUCAAACGCUGGAACACAAACAAGAUUUUGUCCACUUCAGAUCAGCCGUGUCUGUUAUUUAAGAUCAAGAUGUUGACCUUUAAUUAGAGUACCCACUUUGGCUCGGCGUGCGUCACUUUUGAAACACAGACGGGGGUCACUGUGUGGGGCGGCAGACAGAUUGUGGUCUGUGAUAACGUUAGAUCACGGUUCUGUUAAUCACUUCUUCUUUCAUGUCAUGUUUAGCAUUAUUUUCCACGCUCCCUCUCAAUCGCCAGGUUUCCAUUACCCAAGUUACAUAAAAUGACUGAGCCUCAGCCUCUCCCAGAUGUUGCCCCCUGAUGUUUUGCUGUAGUGGGGAAAGCUCUGGCCCUGUUUCUACCUGGCAUUAAAAUGCAUCUCCACAUGCGUCUCGCCCGCCCACUUGUGAUUGGAUAUCACUUUCCUGCUCCGUAUGCAGUCGAAAGAGAGAGAGAGAGUUUUACUGUCACAUGCACAGUAAAACAGACAUUUACAUGCAAGUCCUCCUUCCACUAUAAAAACAUAAAAAAAUCUGUUUGACAAAAGGAGACAUUCUUACUCAGUCCAGCCUCCGCCUGUUAUUUAUUAGACUCGACCAGAUUGUGUUCAGGCUCAGAUUAUUUAAUUAUUCCAGUG